AUGCUCUCUAUUUAUACCUAAAACUCCACCGCUCCUUCCCCUCUCUCUCGCUUCUCAUCAAAUGGACAAACUGGCCGCCGCCAUUGCUUCGAUUCUGCUCUCCUUCCUUCUGAUCGCGCCUUCCGCCGCCGCUUCUCGCAAGCUCCGCCCUCAAGACCACCGGAAUCUCCUCGCCAAUGCUCUCGCCUCCACGCCUCCCAUGGGAUGGAACAGUUGGAAUCACUUCCGGUGCGGCAUUAACGAGACCGUCGUCAAGCAAAACGAUGAUUGCUGGGCGGAGUUGACUCGUGACGUCGAGGCUCCACUUCUCUUGGGUAAUGAUCUGAGGGAGAUUUCCGAGGACUCAAUGGAAAUAAUUUGGAAUUCUGAGGUUAUUUCUGUAAAUCAAAAUCCUCUGGGUGUCCAAGCUAAGAAGGUUAGAAGCGGACACGUGGAGGAACAGAUUUGGGCUGGGCCUUUAUCUGGAUACAGAGUGGCGGUUCUGUUGGUGAACAGAAGGAAAUGGAGGAUGGCAGGUAGGGCUUAUUGGGACGACAUCGGCAUUCCUAACGACACUGUCGUUCAAGCCAGAGAUCUCUGGGAGCUAUUUGUGGGAAAUAUAUCGCACACUUCGGGAGCCCAUUCAUGCCAAAUGUCCAUUUUAACCCCAAUUUCUUGAA